UCACUCUUUUUCUCUCCGAAAAUUUCAGACCCUUCCUAUCUCAUCAAUGGAAGCCUCUCCCAGAAGAGAGACCAACCCAAACGCAAACCCUCUUUCCUCCCCAAACAGCAGCACAAGCAGCACCAACAGCAACAACAACAACAACAACAACAACGUUAAUGGACUACUCCAAGCUCCCCCAACAACCCCAACUGCCCAACCCCCCAAACCCAUGACCAGAUCCGACUCAGCCAACCCUUACCCGACCACCUUCGUCCAGGCUGACACCUCCUCCUUCAAACAAGUCGUCCAAAUGCUCACCGGAUCAUCCGAAACCGCCAACAAGGUUGUCUCGUCUUCCAAACACGACACCCGACACAACAUCCCUCCCAUCAAGUUCACACCGAAGAAACAGCAACAGCAGCAACACAGCAACUCCGGUUUCAAGCUCUACGAGCGCCGCAACAACGCCCUAAAAAAUCUCCGGCUUAAUCCUCUGAUUCCAAUCCCGGUCUUCAAUUCCAACACCAACAGCAACUCCGGAUUCUCGCCGCGAAACCCGGAGAUUUUGUCGCCGAGCAUACUCGAUUUCCCGGCCCUGGUCCUCAGCCCCGUCACGCCCCUCAUACCCGACCCGUUUGACCGGUCCGGGACGGCCAAUUUCGGGCACGGGUGCUCUCAGUUGAACAAGGAAGCCGAGGACAAAGCGAUCAAGGAAAAAGGGUUUUACUUGCACCCGUCGCCGAGUACGACGCCGCGGGAAUCGGAGCCGCCAAGACUGCUGCCCCUGUUUCCAACGACGUCGCCUAGAGCUUCAGGUUCAUCUUCUUGAAUUGGAAAAAAGAAAAAAAGAAAAAAAAAAGAGAACCCCCAACUUUGAAAUCUCUGUAAUUUUUAUUAUGUGCUAUUGUUGACAUUGAUGAUGGUGAAGAGAGGAGAGGGAGAGGAGGAAGGUAAAAACUUGUAAUCCAAUGUUUGAUGAGAAUGAAUGGAAGAGUCUUUGCAUCAA